AUGGUCGCAUCUCUACCAGACGACUGGCGCACGCCGCGGCCGCGCGACGAGGGCCUGCCCGCCGCCUAUCUCGGCAAGCCCCAUAUUGGACAAUUAGAACACACGAGCGACGUCAAGGCCGUGGCCUGGUCCCCGGACGGGACGAAGCUCGCGGCCGGCGGCUACGACAAGAAGAUUAUUGUGUGGGACGCCUCUACCCAAAAGAAGGUCCUGGAGGUGGACGUCGGCGACUGGGUCGAGUGCCUCGACUGGAGUGGGGAUGGAAAGACGCUGGGCUGCGGCGGCGGCUUCGACAAGCAGGGGAAGUUGUUCGACGCCGAGGACGGCGAGCUGCAGGAGACGCUGGACCACGGCGGCAUCGUCUACGCCUGCGCCUUCGCGCCGACGCAGCCGGUCUUCGCCUGCGGCUGCUUCGAGAAGAAGGUGACGCUCUGGCACAAAGAUCGGGGCCACCUCCUCCGCACGCUGUCGUGCGACGGCGUGCUCAAGGCGUUGGCCUGGCGCCCGGACGGUAGCAUGUUGGCGUCGGGCGGCUUCGACGCCGCCGUGACGGUUUGGCGGGCGGACGCUUCACGCACGAAGCAACCGGAGGAGAUUGUGUGGAGAUCCAAGCUCGACUCGAUCGCGGCCGACUGCCGCGACCUGGCCUACACGCCGGACGGUUCAAUCCUCGCGUCGUGCGACUGGGCCGACAAGGUCAUAGGCUUCGACGCGGCGACCGGAAAAAGAUUGUGGGAGAUAACGAAUCCCGCGGAGCAGCACUUCUUCGCGCUCGCGUUCUCUCCGGAAGGUGAUGUAUUCGUGGCCGGCGGCUGGGACUUCCGCGCGACGAUGUACCGUCUGGAAGAUAGGAAGAAGCUCGCGUCGGAGUACAUCGGCCCGGAGACGGAGGACCACGUCGGGGGCCAGACCGUGCGAUCCAUCAAAUUCGCGCCGGACGGCAAGACCGUCGCGUUCUGCUCCGACGACCGGUCCGUGCACCUCUGGGCGCGCGACGCGGCGACGCGCGUGAGCGUGGCGGAGGAGGUCGAGGUCGAGUAG